GCAGCGCUCGUUCCGUUGCGUUCGUCUUCUGCGACUCGUCGUUCUUUUGUUCCGAACUUUGGGCUUAUUUUUUCUCUCAGUUAUUCGCGAGGGUACUCGCGAGAGAGUUUUACCCUUCGUUUUGCCUUUCCCGGUCAUCGGGAGGAACCGGUCCGGUAUAGUCGGCGACACGGUUGUUGUCCGUCUCGCGUUGAACGCAUCAGGUUCGUUCUCUGGAUGUUCUCGCGUUCUCGGUGACGUUCUAUCGUGUUCUGUGAGACGUAGAAGUUGUCGUCGUUGUCGAUGUUAUUCUCAAUUAUCGAAGCCAGGUGAAACUGGGUGUUUAUUUAUGUAAUUUGAGUGUGACCAUCGUCCCACUCUCGUCGGUGGGGAAUUCGAUAAAAUCGUGUGUGGUUGUUAACCGUGUUUUUUUUUGCUGGAAACAGUUUGAAAGCAGUGCAGUGGAGGAAAAAUUCCAAACCGUAUCAACAGAUUUCCAAGUGUGAUAAAAGCAACAAAUAGAAAAAAAACGUACAUCGAGUGAUAAGAAAUUUCACCGGAAAACGGAUAUCGAAAAGUGGAAGUAGAUAAGUUGUGGCAAAGUGUCACGAGCCUUCAACAAAUAUUGGAUCGCCGAGAACCAGCAACUUUAAAACAGACUUGAGCAGACGGCCACUCAAGUUUAAGUAACAAAUUGCAAACAACCCAGCGAGAUAUUGUCCCUCACGGCAAGACUGCAUAAAAAACCGUAGGCGAAGCUAAACGAAACUGCAGAAAAUCAGCUACUCAUCACAGUCACAGGGCGCGAGCACGGCGGAAUGGAAUUAGUGACCAUAAUCCGCAAGCCGGUCGCCGUCAUCGGUUCGCCACGAGUUGUUUUCGAUACCGAAGAGUUUAUCUGUGGAUAAAUAGUGCCUCUAGAAAAAAGCAAAAAUAGAAAUUUUAGAUAACGAUUGCACAUGCUGGCAAAAUCGUCGUGUAGAUUAGUGAUUUGUGUGUGAUAAAAAAGUAAAGUGAAGUGAAGCGAAAAAUAAGGCACAAAAAUGUCCGACAUCUGUGAUUUCGAGUGGUCCAACAACCGGUUCCGGCACAACCUCACCAUAUCGGACCUCCAAAAGGGGUACAACAAAAAUGAGCCCACCGACCGGAGCCGGGCCCUGAUCGCCCUCAAAGAGCUCAUCGGGGCCAGCAUGGAUUACGCCCUGAAGGACAAAAGUUGCUUCCAGGACGACGAGUUCCUGUUCCGCUUUCUGUACGCCCGAAAGUUCAACGUCAACGACGCGUUCCAGCUCGUAAUCAACUAUCACGCCUACCGGCAGCGGAACGGAUCGCUCCUGCAGCGACUAUCCGUCCUUGACGAAAACAUCCAGCUUGCGCUGCGAGACGGAUUCCCAGGCGUCCUCCCCAAUCGAGAUCGAAGGGGUCGCAAAGUGUUGAUCUUUCUGGCCGCCAACUGGGACUACUCGUCGUACUCGCUAGUCACCGUGUACCGGGCGAUGCUGCUGUCGAUCGAGAAGCUGCUCGAGGACAAGCAGAAUCAGGCGAACGGGUUCAUCGCGAUUGUGGACUGGACAAACUUUACCUUCCGACAGUCGUCCAAUCUGAACCCGAAAGUGCUCAAGCUGAUGAUCGAGGGAUUACAGGACUGCUUCCCGGUGCGCUUCAAGGCGAUCCACUUCAUCGGUCAACCGUGGUACGUGGAGGCGGCCCUCGCCGUCAUCCGGCCCUUCCUGAAGGAGAAAACCCGCGAGCGGAUAAAGCUCCACGGCGGCAACCUGUCGACGCUGCACGACUGCGUGGCCCGGGACAUCCUGCCGACGGAGCUGGGCGGCGAAGGGCCGACCUUCAACCCGCUCAACUGGUACCACGAGCUGCUCGAGUCGAGCCAAAUCUCGACCAAGCCCGCGCCAUCGUACAUUCUAAGUCAGCCCCAGUUCUACACCAAAUCACCUGCCCCGCUGGCGACGGCCACCAUCACGACGACGACCACGGCGACCGCCCACAACGGGGGCGGCGGGGAUUUCCUGAAAAGUACCAAAGCGGCCGUGGUCAAGAUCGGCGUGCUGACGACCAAGGCCAACGAUCCGGCGGCCAACAUGCUGCUCGGCGUGGGGAGUGACACGUGACCGGAUCGACACCAGAUCCACCACCGGCAGCCCUCCUCGGUGGCAGAGUCCGAAUCGAUUUCUUGAUGAAGGUCCUGAUCUCAAAUUUCCAUCACAACAGUAACAACAACAGCAACACGGCAACAACACUCAUCCAUGCGACAACUCAUGACGCAAAGGAGCCACGUGGCGUCACGUGUGUAUCUUUAGAUAUUUAGAGUCCGGAACUCUGCAGCGGAACUGGCUUCAGAGAGGUCGUGGGUUGCGACGGCGGUCACUUGAAACCAUUUUGUAUUGCAGUUUCGAAUCAACCGAUAAUUAUCAUCCCGUCGCCGUCGUCUCGAGCUUAAAAUGUCACGCGUUUCCGCCCACGGUAGCAGCGCCUGACGAUCGUUGAUAAAUUAAGCCGACAGGGGACGCCACAACUACAAAGUUUAAAAUUAUUAUAGCGGAGCAGAAUAAACUCUCGAGUGAAACUGAUUGAGCUUAGCAACUACUCUUGAACUGAAACACUACUUUACGAUAAUAUACUAUUCUGAUGGUUAGGCUUAGGGCGCGUAACGAAAACAGUUUAGACGACAACAACAAAAACAAUACAAAGAGCUUUACUAACGAUUAUACACAACUAUUUAGUGUAAAUAGUAAGGUUUCGUUGAAAGUGUUUCUGCAGAACGCUUUCUCUCUUUAGAAGUACUUUACAACACAAAACACACACACGCGUAUUUGGAAAAAAAAUCGAGCUUUUACGGCUACUCAGAGAAGAAAAACGGUUUGCACCUAGACGUUAGUCUGUAUUUAUACUUUUAGGCUAGAUUUGAGGUUACUCUGUAGAGACGUUCGUUCGUUCGAUUGUGCUGCUACUAAUGAGGAGAGAAUCCGUCCGAAAAGUGUUUUUUUUUUUCACACCAAGCAAGAGCAAAUAACUCCAGUAAGACAUUAACUUAUUACAACGUACUAUUUGCUAUAGUUUUGUGGUUUACAAAUCAAAACGCUAGUGUUAGGUAUUUCAUUAUUAUUGUAAAACUUUGUAUGAUAAUUAAAGGAAUUUAUUGAAAA